AUGGCGGACAAGAGAAGGAUCAGUGGGAGUGAAGCUUCUUCUCCCCUAGCACCAUCCAUUUCUGGAUUCAUUAGAAGGAAAAAUCAUUGGAGAGGAUUAUCAAACCCUUCAAAUGCUGACUUGUGGGUUCGGCUUUUCAAUGAAGGUUAUGGGGCCGAUGUUCUUGUUGUUACAAAUGGCUGCAUCAUCCCUGCUCAUGCCAUCAUUCUUGGCAUGGCAUCACCUGUGCUGAAGAACAUGAUUAGGCAAUCUAAAGGCCGGAGGGGUGGUCGGAGAAUAAUCUCGAUCAGUGGAGCUCCUGAUCAAGCAGUUCGGGCCUUCCUUCGGUUUAUAUAUUCAUCAUGUUAUGAGGAAGAGGAGAUCAACCAGUAUGCACUUCACCUGCUGGUGCUAUCCCAUGUGUUUGUGAUCACCUCAUUGAAAAAAUUGUGUGUGCAGCAGCUGGAAAAGAGGUUAAUCACUGUCCAAAAUGUUGCCGAUGUCUUACAACUUGCUUGCCUUUGCGACGCUCCUCGUCUUGUCCUAGUUUGCCACCGAUUGAUCAUACGAAACUUCAAGUCAGUCUCGGCCACUGAUGGAUGGAAAGUAAUGAAACAAAGCAAUCCAAAGCUUGAAAGAGAGAUACUAGAGUCCCUUGUAGAUGUUGAUUCAGAAAGGAAAGAGAAACAGAGGAAACUGAAGGAGAGGAAAAUAUAUCUGCAACUGAAUGAAGCCAUGGAAGCUCUUGUUCAUAUAUGCAGUAACGGAUGUCGAACAAUUGGUCCACAUGAUAAAGCGCUCAAGGGAAGUAGUUGUGAAUUCCCGGCAUGUAAAGGGAUCGAAUCGCUUAUUCGGCAUUUUGCCGCAUGUAAAGAUAGAGCACUUGGUGGUUGCAGUCAGUGCAAGAGAAUGUGGCAACUCCUCGAGCUCCAUUCCAGGUUAUGCUCAACAAAAGAUGGGUGCAACGUUCCCCUUUGCAGGCAUUUUAAGGAGAAGGUGUUGCAGCAAAACAAGAAGGAUGAGCUGAAGUGGAAGUUGUUGGUGAGAAAGGUGAUGGAGGUUAAAACAACUUCUUUGUUUUCCUGA